AUUAGACCUGACCGGGCAUCACGCUGCUGACUACGUCAUCCACCAGCGACAGGUGCUUCUGUGCGACAUUUGUUUACAGUACACGAUGGCGUCGGUGGAUUUGAGAGACAACAACCUCCUGGGGAUAUCGUGGGUUGAUAGUGGCUGGGUGCCCAUCCUCAACCCUGGCAAUGUGCUGGACUAUUUCUCCGAGCGGAGUAAUCCGUUCUACGACCGCACCUGUAACAACGAGGUGGUGAAGAUGCAGCGGCUCACUCUGGAACAUCUCAAUCAGAUGGUUGGAGUGGAGUACAUUCUCCUUCAUGCCCAGGAGCCCAUCCUCUACAUCAUCAGGAAACAGCAGAGACAGUCUCCUACUCAGGUCAUCCCUUUGUCUGACUACUACAUCAUAGCUGGGGUGGUGUAUCAGGCCCCUGAUCUGGGAACAGUUAUUGGAUCCAGAGUGCUGUCUGCUGUCCAUGGUGUCCAGUCUGCCUUCGAUGAGGCCAUGUCGUACUGUCGCUAUCACCCAUCUAAAGGAUACUGGUGGCACUUCAAAGACCAGGAGGAGAGAGAUGCCAAAGCCAAGCCGAAGUCGAAGAAGAAAGAGGAGCCCAGUUCCCUGUUCCAGAGACAGCGUGUCGACACACUUCUACUCGAUUUGAGGUCCAAGUUUCCUCCAACGUUUUAUCAGCCUAAGCCUGGUGAGAAGCCCAUCCCAGUGGAGGUGAAGCAGGAACCCCCAGUAGAGCUGGUGAAGCAGGAAGAAAGAGAGCCAGCCACCAAGACCUCUGCUCCAGCUCCCCCCAGCAGCAAACCACCUCCGGAGAAACGAGCCAGGCUACAGUGAUGACCGAUGGCCACUCCUGUAUAUAUUUCUGAUAAUGUUCAUUCUUCAAAGAAAAUAAUAAGAGAGGGGGGGGGACCCGCACAUUGCUCUUGCCAGUAUCACUUUUUGUUAAUUCUAGCUUAUAUGUGAGGCUCUUGGCCUUCGUCAUGAUGUCCAUACUCACAUUGGCAAGGCACACAGACAGGACAUAUGGCACAGGUACCACCCUAUCUGACGGAACAAUGCGAAGGAAGUGGUUUGUGUCUGACGGAAGGUGUGUGGAAAUGGACCUCCAUCCUAGUUUCCAGACCAUAACAACCUAUCAUCCUGUUUCUGAAGGGCUUGACAGUCAAUUAUCAUAGACUGGCAUUAGGCAUUAGGAAAGGCAAAUGAAUAGUCACAAAUGGCACCCUAUUCCCUAUUAUAGUGCACUACUUUUGACCAGGGCCCUUUUCCCUAUAUAGUGCACUACUUUUGACUAGGGCCUAUUAGGGUUCUGGUCAAAAGUAAGUGCACUUUACAGAAAAUAGUGUGCCAGGGCCCUGGUCAAAAGUAGUGCACUAUAUAGGGAAUAGGGUCCUGGUCAAAAGUAGUGCACUAUAUAGGGAAUAGGGUGCCGUUUGGGAUGCAAACAUGAGCAGACGAUAUGUGUUGUCUGUCCCAGUACCAGACCUCACGGGACAUUCCAUCCGUGUUCUAGAACUGUCUAGUUACUGACAACAUCUUACCAUCUCCCCAAUACUUCUCUCUGUGAUGAUGCUAGAGGUCAGAGGUUAAGGACCUGGGUGGAUUUACAGUUUGCAGUUUUUUGAGGGUAACAUGGAAACAGUGAGAUCACCAGUUAAUCUCUAUGCACUUUUGACAUCAGCAGUAUCUUACUCCGUCGUGACUGUGGGAGACUUGUUUUUUUUGGGGGGGGGGGGGGGGGGUGUUAUCUCUGAAGCAUAAAUACACAUCCACACAAUUAAUUUUUUCAAUAUGUAAUUGUGUUUUUUUCCCCCCACGUAGUGAUCCUAAAUCCAUUGUGUUUUCCUUCUUUUUUUUUUUGUCAUGCUUUUCUGAAUAUAAUAAUUUUCAAAAAUUAUACAGUGACUUGAGUUUGUCAUUAUUCAUCAAAACAUGUAUUUUAAUGUGAUUAAAUGUAUAUAAUCUAUUGUA